AUGGCCUCCAAAGUUCUGCCUACCCAUCUGAGCUCGAAUACCGGCUUUGGAAAGCACCAUGGAAAAUCCCAGUCUCACAUGGCAUUCGAAAAUGCCUCUACCAGCGUGGCUGCUUCUCAGAUGCGCAAUGCCCUGAACGCCCUCGCCGAGACCGUCCCGGAUGCCACCGAGCGCAAGCGCUUUGAAGCGGAGAUGGACAACUUCUUCGCUCUCUUCCGUCGAUUCCUCAACGACAAGGCCAAAGGAAACGUGGUCAACUGGGACCGCAUCGCUCCUCCUAACCCCUCCCAGGUCGUGAACUACAACGACCUGGGCAAGGAAGCCUCCGUCGAAUUCCUCAACAAGUUGGCGGUUGUUAAGCUUAAUGGUGGUCUGGGAACUUCCAUGGGCUGUGUUGGCCCCAAGUCCGUCAUCGAGGUCCGUGAUGGCAUGUCCUUCUUGGAUCUCUCUGUCCGUCAGAUUGAGCACCUGAACCGCACUUUCAACGUCAAUGUUCCCUUCGUCUUGAUGAACUCCUUCAACACCGAUCAGGAUACACAGUCCAUCAUCAAGAAAUAUCAGGGCCACAACGUCGACAUCAUCACCUUCAACCAGUCUCGCUACCCCAGAAUCAUCAAGGAUUCUCUGCUGCCCGCCCCCAAGUCUUUCGACGCCCCCCUCCAAGACUGGUACCCCCCCGGUCACGGUGACGUGUUCGAGUCUCUUUACAACUCCGGCACUCUGGACAAGCUCCAGGAGCGCGGUGUUGAGUACAUUUUCCUAUCCAACGCAGACAAUCUAGGUGCCGUGGUGGAUCUCCGUAUCCUGCAACACAUGGUGGACACUGACGCCGAAUACAUCAUGGAAUUGACCGACAAGACCAAGGCUGAUGUCAAGGGUGGUACCAUCAUCGACUACGAGGGUAAGGCUCGUCUCCUGGAAAUCGCCCAGGUGCCCAAGGAGCACGUGAACGAGUUCAAGUCCAUCAAGAAGUUCAAGUACUUCAACACCAACAACAUCUGGAUGAACCUCCGUGCUAUCAAGCGUGUCGUUGAGGAGAACGAGCUGGAGAUGGAGAUUAUCGCCAACGAGAAGUCCAUCCCCGCCGAUAAGAAGGGUGAAGCCGACCAGGCCAUCUACCAGCUCGAGACCGCCGUCGGUGCUGCCAUUCGUCAUUUCAAGAACGCCCACGGUGUCAAUGUGCCCCGUCGCCGCUUCCUGCCUGUCAAGACCUGCUCCGAUCUCUUGCUGGUCAAGUCUGAUCUCUACCGCCUGGAGCACGGCCAGCUGCUGAUGGACCCCAGCCGAUUUGGUGGCGUGCCUGUCAUCAAGCUUGGCAGCGACUUCAAGAAGGUGUCUGAUUUCCAGAAGCGCAUCCCCAGCAUUCCCCGUAUUGUCGAGCUGGAUCACCUUACCAUUACUGGAGCCGUGAAUCUUGGCCGAAACGUCACCCUGAAAGGGACCGUUAUUAUUGUGGCCACGGAAGGUAGCACCAUUGACGUUCCCCCAGGUUCAGUGCUGGAGAACUGUGUUGUCCAGGGCAGUCUACGUAUCCUUGAACACUAA